CUCACCGUUUCACUGGGGAAAUAAAGCAAACACCUAUCCUACAAGCGGCUACACCGCAUAUAUCCGGCUAAAAGAUCAGAAUAAAACAGGAAUCAGCUCUCUGGGUUUUUGCUGAAUCCUCAGAUACUACUACUUCUUAACACGCUAGCAUAACCAGACUGCUCAAUAUGCAAAGCUUGCGGUCCUCUAUAUUGAGUUAUGUGAGGGUUAGAGUCUCUUUAAAAGACAUGGUUUGUCCUGAAACACCAAGUUUGUUGAAUCUGCUCAGCCAGCGAUUCUGCACAUCCAGUGCUUCAACUGCUACAGGUCAUGCCCAGACAAUGGAACGGGUGAUUAAUCUGGUGAAGAAAUUUGACAAGAUUGAUGCAGCUAAGGUGAAUAUUCUGGUUACUGAAAGAGCUGAUUUCCAGAAGGACUUGAGCCUUGAUAGCUUGGAUAGAGUUGAACUCGUGAUGGCUUUUGAGCAAGAGUUCUCCAUAGAGAUACCUGAUGAGGAAGCAGACAAGCUUAAAUGCUGUGCUGAUGUUGCCAGGUACAUUUCUGUAGCUGAUCGGAAAGUUUCUGAGAACUCGUGAAAUAUUAUGUCAGUCAUCAAGUGCUUUAGAAUCUUUAUAUUUCUGUCUCAGAAGUAGGUUAGGCUAUUGGAAUGACAAAUUGUAGAAGGAUGGAUGCUGGAUUUUCUCAAUUCUUUUGAUUUCUAAAUUAGUGUUUAGAUUGAUAUGCAUAUGUUUUAGUGUUUUACGCUACAUGUGAGCAUUACUGUUAUUUGUUAGACAAAUGUGAAUUGCUCUUUGAAUGAUGAUGGUACUUCUGUGCUUGGGUUAA